AUCAGUCGUACACAGCGCAAAUACGUACCUACCAAUAGCACACACUCAGCUCAGCUCACUACAAAACUAUAAAAUGGCCGUCAAGUUGAUCAUUUUUGCCGCCUGCGUGGCCACCGCUCUCGCCCAAUACGCCGCACCCGCUUACAAGCCAGCGUACUCAGCGCCCGCUUACUCAGCACCAAAGGCUUACGCCCCGGAACCAGCCUACGCACCCACACCGUACAACUUCGAGUACAGCGUAAACGACCCACACACCUACGAUGUCAAGAGCCAAUCCGAGUACAGCGACGGCAACGGUUACGUCAAAGGAUCCUACAGCCUUUUGGAAGCCGACGGUUCCACCCGCACCGUUGAAUACACCGCCGAUGACUACAACGGUUUCAACGCCGAAGUCAAGAACUCCGCCCCGGCCUACAAGCCAGCUUACUCUGCACCCGCCUACUCUGCACCGGCUUACGCUGCACCAGCUUACCCAGCACCCGCAUACUCAGCUCCGGCUUACAAGCCAGCUCCGUACAAGGCGUACUAACCACUUUCCCCCAUUACCACCCACACUCAUCGACAGUCUCAUCGUCGAUCGUGACGGCCGUUUAGUCGUCAUAUGAAUAUUCAUCAUCAUUGUUCACUGACCAAAUAUUAUGUAUAAUACUAUCAUUUCAUCGAUGUGUUUAUUUUGUAAAUAAAUAGAGAAUUAAAAAAUACCAUAUACUGUGCA